AUGGGUGCUAGGCGAGAGGCGCAUCAACUAAAAAAAUGCUACGAGAAUAUAAAGAAGAAGGCCCGGAAAGACUUGGCCGCUAACAGGCUGGCCGUGAGGGCCACUGGUGGGGGGCCCUGCCCAACGCCUCUCAGCAGAACAACCGAAAGGUUGACAGCCUUCAUCGGACCGCUGCUGGAGCCUCUACCGAACCGCUUCGACUCUGACGCUGUGCCCUCUGAAGUGCACGGUGACACUCAGAGCAUCACAACAGUGCAAUAUUACCUGCCGCGGGACCCUGAGUUCGAAGUCGUGAGCCCCAGUUCACAGGCUAUAAAGAUGAUUGUUUUUCUGAUCAAGAAACCCUCGCUGGAAACAAGCGCUCCAUGGGAGUGGGUGCCCCUUGUCCCACUCCUCGCCAUCACCGUGGUCGUCGUGUGGUACACCCUGCGAGCACCAGACCGCUCAAAACUGCCUCCCGGUCCCAAGGGAGUUCCCCUGUUGGGCUUCAUUCCUUUCCUGGGAAGGAAUCAUCACGUGAAGUUCGCAGAACUCGCCAAAGUAUACGGAUCCAUUGUGAGAGUCAAGUACGGAAUGGUGAACGUCGUGGUUCUAAAUGACUACGCCUCCGUCAAGAAAUGGCUUUCUCACAGCGCAUUUCAAUCCCGGCUCAGAAAUGUGUUCUGCAGGAACACGGGCGUGCUCGGUAUCGCAACUCUCAACGGAGAAGCGUGGCGUGAAAACCGUCGUGUGUGCCUGAACAUUUUGCGAGACAACGGCUGGAAACUGGCCAACAUGGAAGAACAGGUCCAGGAGGAGCUCCAGUACCUGUGCAGCAAGCUUACCGAGCACAAUGGAAUUCCUGUGCAUAUAAACCAACACCUGAAGGCGAGCAUCGAGAAAUGCAUCAUGAAGAUGCUGAUCGGCGAAUAUUACCGAAUUGGAGAUCCAAGACGAAGGCUUCUGGACAGAUGCAUGUCGCAAGUGGGACGAGGGCUUUCCUCCUGCUCUCUUGUUGUCUGGGCACCGUCCUGGCUAUACACGAUCGCGGGCUACCUGCCGUUCUCAAGUGUGCACAUGCUGAGAAGCGGGUAUCGAGGGGUUGUGGAAUUCGUCAGCGAAAAAAUUAGAGAGCACCAAGAGGUUCUUGACGAGCACACCAUCUUGGAUUUCACAGAUGCGUACUUAAAGGAGACGUGCGAGUACUGUAAAGACAGCAACCCUCAUAUCAGUGUAAAAUACGCUGCCGGUCAUGUAGUGGGCUUGAUGGGUGCCGGCGUGGAUCCCGUGAGCAACAGCAUCGUCUGGCAUCUGCUGAACUGUGCUGACAUGCUAAGCCUUCAGAACCGGAUUCGACAAGAAGUCGACAGUGUGAUUGGACAGCAACGAGCGCCCACCUGGGAGGACCGCUACAGCAUGCCUUUCACAAUGGCCUGCAUCUGGGAGACUCACCGCUGGAGGACGAUGAGUCCAAUGGGAAUUCCAAGAGGCUGCCUGGAGGACACGAGCAUCGACAACUACAUGAUUCCCAAAGGAACCAUCGUACUGCCGAAUCUAUGGGCUGUACACAUGGAUCCAACCCUGUGGAAGGAUCCGGAAGCCUUUGAUCCCUCAAGGUUUCUGAAGAAUGACGGCUCGGGUUUGAUUCCAAGGCCUGAGCACUUAGUGCCAUUUUCUGCCGGAAAACGAAUGUGCCCAGCAGAGACGCCCACCAAUAUUCAGAUUUUCUUGUAUCUCACAACAAUUCUGCAAAAGUUUAUUGUGAUGCCUGAAGAUAACAUUCCAGUUGACUUGUCUGUCGACUGCGUGACCUUCAACGUUCCUAAAAUGCAGAAAUUGCGCUUCAUUUCACGCACAUAG